GGGGAGGAACAGUAUAUGUGUGUGUGUGUGGAUUGAUGUAUUGAUUGACUGAUUGAUUGAUUGAUUGAUUGACUGAUCGAUUGAUUGAAUUUGAUGAAUGGAACAAGAAAAAAAAAAAAAAAAAAAACACUUGGAGUGGCGGAGCAGCAUAGGCCACCGUAUGGGGCCUGUGGCGGUGGCGUUGGGGGCAGCGGCGGUGGCAUGGGGGCCAGUGGCAGCGGCGGUGGCGUCAGGGCCAGCGGUGACAAUGGGGGGAGCAACGUCGAUGGGAGGAGGAGGAGGACAGGGAAGGACGAGGAGGGGGAGGAGGACGCGGAAGAAGAGGAGGAGGACGAAGAGGAAGAAGAGGAGGAGGACGGGGAAGAGGAAGAGGGUGAGGAAGAAGAAAAUGAGGAGGAGGAGAAGAGGGGAGUUAUGGUGCAUCAAAAAGAGAAAAGAACCACACGUUCCACGUGGCACGUUCUCCGAGGAAGAUGAGAAGGAUGAGGAGGAGGAGGACAGGCAAGACAACACAGAAAAAGAAGAGGAGGAGGAGGAAGACGAAGAAGAGGAGGAGGGGGCAGAAGAAGUUGUGGCGGGCAAAGGAAAAACAAAAAGCGUCCGUCUUUUACUCCAAUUGCUCUCCCUCUACUUCUUGUUCACUCAGAGGUCGUUCGCUCGUGGCAGUCGUGAUAACGGACUUAGGUUUGACGGCGGGCGAGUGGCAGAGGGAUGGGAGACCACGGACGGCGGAGGGUCAGUCGAGGUUGCAGCGACCAGUCUCGCCGGGCGGUCGUUCGAGGAAUGGGGGAGCAGACUGGACAGAGGGUCGGUAUACGGAUCAGCAACCAGGCUAGCUGGGCGGCCGACCGAGGAAUCAGAGACCAAGCUACCGGUCGAGGUAUCGACGAUGAGACUCCACGGGCUACCGGUCGAGGGACGGGCAACGGGGCUCAGCGGCCUACCGGUCGAGAGACCCUCAGAGUCUAUUUCCCUCACUGAUGAUGGUCAGUCUGUUGGAGAGUGUGGUUCCCAGUUUCCGGUCGUUGUACUAACAACGUCCUCGUGCGGGCGACCGGUCGAGGGAUCGRCUACCUCCCGUACCGGUCGACGGACACCUUCGGCCGACCGAAGGCAUCUGCUGCAGUCGCCGCCCGCCUUACCUACCGAGCCAGCUCUCGACAUCGCUCAGAGGAACCUCUUAAGCUCUCCGAGGUACGUUGUAACCGACCCUGCUUCCCAGCCCGCCAUCCAGCAAGGAAACUCCACCAUAGCUUAUCGUCUCUUCGUCACGGACAUAGCACUCUCUGCCAACGGAUCCCAGCUGUACUACAUAGUCUCGGAGAGGCUUAUCGCAAGAAACACUACCGAUAUGGAGGCUUACAUAAAUCUGAUCAUGUCGUACAGGAAGGCGGACCUUCAACCCAGACUCGCGGGAGUCCCGGCGUCGGGACCAGUCGUGGGGAAGGUGAUCAGCUAUUGGUGGCCCAAAGUGAGUCGGGACGGGACACGUGUCGCGUCCCCGCAGGCCUGCGACCGUACUGUAACGUCCUGUAAUAUGACGAUUCCCGAGGCUAUGGUGGUGUCCCAAUCAGGCGCGCAACUCAUCCUCUCCUCCCGGGUGUCGCCGCCGGACGUAGUCAGCCUCGGAAUCGAAGAUGGGGCCCGAAUCUCCACCGCCAUGUCGGCAGAGAGUUUGCUGACGUUGUCGACGGAUCCGUCGAGAUCGACGGUCUACGCAGCGAGCGACCAACAGAUCCUGGCCAUCGCGGUGGAUCGGUCGGGGAUCCCGACCAACGCACCGAACGUCAAGACAGUCGCGACCUACGAACCCCCACCUGUCGCCGGCGCUGUGGAUCCCAUUCAGCUCGCUCCACAGAGCUUCGUCUCAUCGGAGAACGGCAGCUGCUUGUACAUCAUCGACAACACCCAUCGCCAGCUCCUGGCCCUGGGCAUCAACGCAACCACCCGCCGGUCCCGCUCCCCCUCCACUCCCAAUUUCGUCAAGGUUGCUGAGGGAUUGAAUCGGAACAAGACGGUCUUCAUGCAGACUAUGGUCACGACAUUGGACGGUUGCAAUGUGUUCAUCACGGAUGUUGGUCGGGAUGGGUUCCGUGGCUACCUGCGAUGGGUGAAGGUGAGGUCGCCAUGCGGAGCAGGGGGAAGCGUGGAGAUGGUGGCCAGCUAUGCAGGCCAGAGUAUGUGGGGACUAGCUCUGCUGGAGAGGGAGGAGGAGACACUACUCUACGUUGGGACUAGCAACGGGGAGGUGAUCGAGCUGCAAGUUAACAAGUCCUACUUGCACUCCUGCGUCCCGUUCCGGCCAAGGCCCCCCACACCUCCUCCAUCCACAUCUUCAUCGCUGUCUCCUCUUCUUCCUCCCUCCUCGUCAUCACCAACACCUCCGGAUCGCCUCAUAUCCCUUCCCCCUCUUUCGACGCCAGUCGGCGACUCCAUCAGCUCAGAACCUCUCCCGAUCGGGUCCAAACCUGCUGCUACUGCUCCGCUCUCCACUCUUACCGAUCCCUCAUCCUCCCGCGUGCUCCGCCUCGUGCUGAUUAUCGCCCUCCCCGUGACAGCUAUCAGCAUCGUGGCCGCUGUCCUACUUUUCCUCUGGCGCUACUCCAUUGUGCGCCGAGCCAAUAGAGAUGACAACCAGCUCGCUCCCAGAGACAAAGAAGUACGAGGAGACGGAGGAGGAGGCGGAGGAGGAGGGUGGAGGCAAGAAAGAGGAGGACGAGGGCAAGGGGGAGGAAGAGGAGGAAGAGGAGGAGGAGGAGGAGGAGGAGGAGGAGGAGGAGGAGGUUUUUUCUUCUCCUCAUCCACUCCCACUCCCUCGUCUUUGACACCGUCAUCGGGUACUACGUCCACCGCGUCCGUAAGCUCAAGGAACCGUCGUCUUGAUCCCGCUAAUGUGCGGGAGUUCGAGCUCGCCACCUUGCAACAGCUCACAGACAACUUCAGCACCGAGUACCGUAUAGCUGAGAGGGGGGGAUACGGAGAAGUGUACCGCUGUUCUCUGGAGAACAAAGAGCUGGCCAUCAAGGUGAUGACGGGGGAUCUAACUGCGGUGAAGCGAAAUCAGUUCAUUGCGGAGGUGAACACGCUCACCAGAGUGCACCAUGCAAACCUCAUUCCUCUCGUGGGAUACUGCCAGGAGGGUUACCGAUCGAUCCUCGUCUAUCCGUACUUCAAGGGCGGGAGUUUGUGCGGUCGUAUACAUCGAAGCACCCGCCAAGACAAGAAGACGGAGAGGGACGGAGAGAGGGAGUGGAGAGGCAGUCCACCUCCUCCUACUACUACUACCCCUCCUCCACCUGCUCCUCCUCCUCCUCCCUUGACUCUCGUCGAACGCAUGUGCAUUGCUUAUCAGAUUGCCAAAGGCAUUGCCUAUCUCCACGAGGGAGCUAGUCCCCCCAUCAUCCACAGAGACAUCAAGAGUGCCAACGUGCUUCUUGGCGAUGGCGUCGGGGAGGAGAUCCACGUCGUCGUCGCCGACUUCGGCUUGGCCGCCAUUGGUGAGAAGGUCUUCGAGACAGGACACGAGCACAUCGUGAACACCUCCCACGUGGGCGGGACCUUUGGCUACAUGUCUCCUGAGUACAUGCUGCUCGGUGAGCUAUCGGAGAAGAACGACGUGUAUGCCUACGGCGUUCUCAUCUUGGAGAUGCUCUCGGCUCGCAAAGUCGUCACGCCGACCGACACCGGCGCUGGCUGGCAGACCAUCAUUGAGUGGAUCCGACCGUUCCUGACGGAGCGACCAGCUAGGAGGUGUAGUCCUAAUCGUGACAAACCCUUACGACAACAUGAUCCCGAUCCCGACCAUGAGGUAGAAGGGGAUGAUCGGGAUAACAUACAACAUGAUUCCGAUCCCGACCGUGAGGUAGAAGAGGCCGAUCGGGAUAACAUGCCGAAUGCGGUGCUGGACACGUGUCUGCAUGCUGAGGUGGAGAGCAUACCCUUGAUGAGGAAGGUGGUGAUGGAUACCCUGCAGCUGGCAAUCGAGUGCACCCACGAGAAGGACGUGAUGCGGCCCGGGAUGAGCGAGGUGGUAGAGCGUCUAAGGAAAAUCAUGGCCGAGGCAAAGAUACGCAGUCGAGCUGGAUGAUGAUUGAUCGGUUGAUUGAUUAGUGAG